UUUUUUUUUCCUAAGCCUCCUCAUUUCUUUUCCCCAACAACCCAGCCAACAUUUUUCGUUUUUCUCCCAAAGCCAAAACCCUAACUAGUAACUCCCUAGUCCCUAGCAACGAGCCAAAGCCAGAUCUGACCAUCGACGGCCCACGGCCAGUCGGCCACCGUGACGGCGUGACACCGUCUCUUUCGUCUUCCCCACCGCGCCGGCGAACCAGCCGGCAGCAAGCCAGCAACCUUCCCGAAUUCCGGCCGUUUGAAAAUUGAAAGGAAAUUAUGGCGAUAUUGGCGCUUACCGAUGACAGAAUCUUGCCCCUUAAUAUUGUAUCCAGUUCGAUGAAGGAGAUUAAGCUUGAACAAGCAGCGUUGGAUAAUGCUUUGAUCAUCACUCUGGCUUCGAGUUCGAGUCCUCUGCCUUUGGACUCGUCGUCCAUGGAUACUGUUAUUGGUGUCUCUAAAGCACGCGAUUUCCCUGCUGCGUCACUGCUUGCUGAAAUGUUUAGAGUUUUGAAGCCAGAUGGAAGAAUUCUUAUUCAUUUGACUGAACUUACUGCCGAUCUACCCUCAGACAAUAUUCUUUCUUCUCUGGAACGGAAGAUACUUGUAGCUGGGUUCUUGGAACCAGAAGCUAUUGAGCAGCAACCAGAUGCUUUUUCAGGAGUUCAAUCUAUACAAGUUAAAGCCAGGAAGCCAUCUUGGAAAAUUGGAUCCUCCUUUUCCCUCAAAGCAUCAAAAGGUUUACCGAAGGUUCAAAUGAAUGAUGAUAUGGAUCUGAUUGAUGAGGACACUCUAUUAACCGAGGAAGACCUGAAGAAACCACAACUGCCUACUGUUGGGGAUUGUGAAGUUGGAAGCACAAGAAAAGCCUGCAAGAACUGUUCAUGUGGAAGGGCAGAAGAGGAGCAGAAGGUUGAAAAACUAGGGUUGACAAUGGACCAACUGGAUAAUCCUCAGUCCGCAUGUGGCAGUUGUGGACUAGGGGAUGCUUUUAGGUGCAGCACAUGCCCAUAUAAAGGUCUUCCUGCAUUUAAGCUUGGGGAGAAGGUUUCUUUGCCGGGUAAUUUCCUUGCUGCAGAUAUAUAGACAGAGAGCAGGUUCCAGUUCAGCUGUAUUUUUGAGGGCACCAUGUUUGUUUCUUUUGGGUGUUAGAAAGAAUAUAGAUUGUGCAUUUUGCAUCGGCUAGAAUGUAAUUAAGUUUUCCAGGAAAAGAUGUAUUCUUUUUCCUGAUAUAGUGAUUGUUAUACAAUCUGUGAACUUGUUGAACUGAAAGAAUGGUAACAGUUUCAUGCCAAUCAACAUUCGUCUAUGAUGAAAGAGCUUUAUCUACA